AUGGAGAAGGUGAAUCAAUCUCUAUUCCGUGAUUUUCUGCUUCAAGGAUUUUAUGAUCUUGAGGAAUUUCGAAUGUAUUUGUUUGUCCUUUUUCUCGCUAUCUAUCUCUUUACAAUCAUUGGUAACUUGGUUAUCAUCUUAGUAAUGCGCUUCAACGCAACUCUCCACACACCCAUGUACUUCUUCAUUACCAUAUUGUCAUUCCUGGAGCUGUGGUAUGUAUCUACAACUGUUCCCAAGCUUCUGUCCAUCUUGGUGACCAAUGACAAGAGGAUCUCGUUCCGGUGGUGUUUUGUCCAACUGUACAUGUUCCAUUCUUUAGGCAUUACAGAGUGCUCCAUGUUGGCUGUCAUGGCGUUUGACCGCUGUAUGGCUAUAUAUAAUCCUCUUCGCUAUAACACUAUCAUGACUGGUCGAGUAUGUAAGCUGCUAGUUUCAUUCUGCUGGUCCUACGGAUUUCUUGUUGCCAUCAUGCCACUGACACUUACCGUAAGAGUUCCUUACUGCGGCUCGCAUGACCUAAAGCAUUACUUCUGUGACCUAGCACCACUCAUGAGCAUCGCAUGUGGUGACAUAACACCUAUUAAUACUGCAAAUCAGUCUGUCAGUACAGUCGCCACCUUUUUUAUUCUUAUGUUUGUUAUAGUCAUGUAUUUAAUAAUUAUAUAUUCAAUUAUAAAGAUAAAGACAAACAAAGGUCGAAGUAAAGCCUUCUCUACCUGCUCUUCCCACCUCAUUGUGGUAGUGCUGUUCUAUAGCACUGCGUUUAUUGUGUAUGUCGUUCCAAAACAAGCACGUUCUGUGGAACACGAUAAGAUUUAUGCCCUAAUUUAUACUAUGUUAACACCUUUACUCAAUCCCAUCAUUUAUAGUCUCAGGAACAAGGAUGUAAAGCAUGCAAUGAAACAAAGCAUUCAUAAAAUCCAGGAACGUAUCAAAGGAAUUUAG